AUGGCCACCACCCCUACACCCCCUGCCCCCAAACUGAUCGGAGCCAAUGCGACAAAUGCAAUCACUGCCCCCAGCUCCGCGCCCCGAGCCCCCAGCCCCCAGGCCCCAGGCCCCAGCUCCCGCACCCAGCCACCAGCUCCCAGCUCCCAGCCCCCCCAGUGCCCGGCCCCAGCUCCCAGCCCACAGCCCCAGCUCCCAGCUCCCAGCCCCCAGCCCUCAGCCCCCAGCUCCCAGCUCCCAGCCCCCAGCCCUCAGCCCCAAGCUCCCAGCCCUCAGGCCUCAGCUCCCAGCCCCCAGCUCCCAGGCCCCAGCUCCCAGGCCCCAGCCCCCAGCUCCCAGCCCCCAGCCCCCAGCCCCCAGCCCCCAGCUCUGAGCCCUCAGGCCUCAGAACCCAGCUCCCAGGCCCCAGCCCCCAGCCCCCAGGCCCAAGCCCCCAGCUCCCAGCCCCCAGCCCCCAGCUCACAGGCCCCAGCUCCGAGCCUCCAGCUCCCAGCCCGCAGGACCCCAGCCCCAAGCCCGCAGGCCCCCAGCCCCCAGCUUCCUGCCCCCAGCCCCCAGCCCACAGGCCCCAGCUCCCCGCACCCAGCCACCAGCUCCCAGGCCCCAGCUCCCAGCCCCCAGCCCCGAGCUCCCAGUCCCCAGCCUCCAGCCCCCAGCUCCCCACUCCCUGCCCCCAGCCCAAGGCCCCAGGUCCCAGCCCCCUGCCUCCAGCCCCCGCUCCCAGCCCCCAGUCCCCAGCCCCUUGCCCCCAGCCUCCAGCGCCCAGGCCCCAGCUCCCCACACGCAGCCACCAGCUCCCAGCUCCCAGCUCCCAGCCACCAGCUCCCAGCUCCCAGCCCCCAGCCCCCACCCCCAGCACCCAACUCCCCGCACCCAGCCACCAGCUCCCAGCUCCCAGGCCCCCGGCCCCCGCCCCCAGCUCCCAGCCCCCAGCCCCCAGCCCUGAGCUCCCAGCCCACAGCUCCCAGCCCCAAUCUCCCAGCUCCCAGGGCCCAGCCCCUACCUCUCAGCUCCCAGCCCCCAGUCUCCAGCCUCCAGCCUCCAGCCCCACUCCCCAAGCCCCCAGCCCCGCGCCCCCAGCCCCAUGCCCCAUGCCCCACGGUGCCUGGCCCCACCCCCCCGGUGCCCUGCCCCAGCCCCCAGCCCCCAGGCCCCAGCUCCCUGCUCCCCGCCCCCAGCCCCCCGCUCCCAGGCCCCAGCUCCCAGGCCCCAGCUCCCCACUCCCAACCCCCAGCCCCCAGGCCCCAGCCCCCAGCUCCAAGCUCCCAGCUCCCAGCUCCCAGUUCCCAGUCGCCAGGCCCUGGCUCCCAGCCCCCAGACCCCAGCUCCCAGCUCCCAGGGCCCAGCACCCAGCUCCCAGGCCCCAGCCCCUAG